UCUUGAUUCCGGAGUGAAAUCGGGAGGCGGAGGAGGUGGGAGUGGUGGUCCUCGGGGAGAGACGGCGGGGCAGGCGGGCGAUCGAUCGAUCGAUCGAUGUGGGUUUGGAAUUGGGUGGGACGUGGGAUCGGGAGCUUCAUCGGCAGUGCGGCGGGAGACGGUGGGGGGUGGAUCUGGAUCAGCGCAGAGGGGGUAGCCGGGCGGUGGCAUGAGGGCGUAGUCGUCGUCGGUGUGACGGCCAUGGCCGGACUCGCCCUGGCCGCCACACUCGUCAUCUCGACGCGGAGGUAAAAGAGAAGAAACAAAGCCAGAAGGCGCUUACUUUUUCGUUCCUUAGCGUACCGACAAGUAGCAGGUUAGAAAGAAAUCGAUUAUUUGAGAGGGAUAGAGAGAGGGAUGCCGUAGAUGAGCGCCCUCCGACGAACCCAUACUUCUUCGUAUUCGCCAUCUUCGUCGUCGCCUAAGUCGUCCUGGAUCCAUUUGAGAUCGCUCCUCAUUGUUGCCUCCUCACCUGUUCCUGAUCGAGGCAGCCUUAGGUCACCAUGGUCUCGAAGAAAAAGGAAGCAUCCCCUUGCUAGGCACCAGUGGAGCAAUUUCUUCACCUCUGAUGGAAAGCUUCGUGAUGGUGGGAUUAAGUUCUUAAAGAAAGCUCGUAUUGUAGGAAUUGACCCAAGCAUCAGGCCUGAAGUCUGGCCUUUCCUUCUUGGAGUCUAUGACCUGAGGAGUUCAAAGGCCGAAAGAAAUGUCGUUCGAGCACAUAGGAGGAAGGUAUAUGAAAAACUUAGAAGACGAUGUUGGCAAUUGUUAAAUCCAGGCGAUGAUAAACUAAAUGAAAUGGACAGUCCGAGAGUGUGUGAAUCUGUUUGCUCGAGUGUCAGGGAAUCCCUUUCAAUUGGACAAGAAAGCUCAUUCAGUGGCACUUUGGAUCACGUGGGCCAUGAGGAAACAGGUACACCCGGCCAUGUUAUCGUGGAAGAAAAUGAAAAUAGCGGGAUUACUUGUGCAGAUGUAGAUGCCGAUGCAGAUGAUACAGAAUCUUCUUACAGUGAAUCCUCCAGUGAUGAAGAACCUAGCAGCACUCUAAUGUCCCCUGCUUUACGACUCAGUGAAGCUGAUCCUAAACUUGCCAAGAUUGCUUCAUCAAUCGGAGAAAUCCCCAAAGAUAGCCAAAGAGCUGAGAAUUUCACAACAUGGCAACGCAUCAUGCGACUGGAUGCUGUUCGAGCCAAUGAUGAGUGGAAAAUUUAUAACCCAUCCCAGGUCAAUGUAUCCAGAGGCAAGGCUAUUAAGUUUGCUACCUGCAUUGGCUUGAAAGACUACGAGCACUUGGAGCCAUGCCGAAUUUACCAUGCUGCACGUCUAGUUGCGAUACUGGAAGCCUAUGCGCUCUACGACCCUGAAAUUGGCUAUUGCCAGGGAAUGAGCGACCUUCUAUCUCCCGUACUCGCUGUCGUAGAGGAAGAUCAUGAGGCUUUUUGGUGUUUUGUUGGAUUCAUGCGGAAAGCUAGGCAUAACUUCCGACUCGAUGAGGUAGGCAUCAGGAGACAACUAAGCAUUGUCUCUAAGAUCAUCAAGUCAAAGGAUGCUCACCUCUAUAGGCACCUGGAGAAGCUCCAAGCUGAGGAUUGCUUCUUCGUGUAUCGAAUGGUCGUUAUCAUAUUCCGCAGAGAGCUAACCUUUGAGCAGACUCUUUGCUUGUGGGAGGUUAUGUGGGCAGAUCAGGCGGCAAUUCGAGCAGGGAUUGGGAAAUCCAUAUGGGGAAGAAUCAGACUACGAGCUCCGCCCACGGAUGAUUUGUUGCUUUAUGCCAUUGCAGCAUCAGUCUUGCAGAGGAGGAAGCUGAUCAUAGAGAAGUACAGUAGUAUGGAUGAGAUUCUCAGAGAGUGCAACAGCAUGGCGGGGCAACUCGAUAUCUGGAAGCUUUUGGGCGAUGCACAUGACUUGGUGGUGAGCCUUCACGAUAAGAUCGAAUGAAUGCUACGUCAUCAUUCCUUCAUGCUGACUUGUACUAUCUACGUAGUUUUAGUCGGUUCUAUUUCUAUUCUAUCGAUUAUUAACUCCACGUCGUCUAUUGACCAUCAGAGGCUCGAAUUGAAUUGUUGCUUCACGCUUCAAAGAAGGCAGCAUGUCGUGCUUUAUACUUGAUAUAAUCAUUUAGGUUAAAAAAAUGAUUAUUCGCCUUUGCAUUGAAUGAAAGAUUUUAGCAUGCUCUUUUUCA